UUCAUCAACCAAGAACACUUACAUGGUUUCACUCCUGUAACUUCAAGAAUUCCAACACUUCCCCAAAUAUUUUCAUGGAUUGACCUCUAAAAAUUCAGGUCCAAUGCGCUCACACUUGGUUGAAGUCACUUCCAAGAUUGCGGCCAUAGCUAAAUCAGGCAACAUAUCGCGCGCUCGCAAACUGUUCGAUGAAUUGUCCCACAGAGAUACCAUUGCAUGGAACGCAAUGGUGAGCGGAUAUUUGCAUCUGGGCCUCUAUCAAGAAGCUCGAUCGUUGUUCAAUUCCAUGAGAUCGAGCAAUGUCAAGCCCGAUCACUUCACGUGCACUGCAGUGCUAAGCACGUGUGCCGCGUUGAAAGAUAACAAAUCCGGCCAAAUGCUUCAUGCCCUUGUCGUUGUUUCAGGGUGCAGUCUGUUCAUGCCUGUGAAUAAUGCACUUAUCGAUAUGUACGGGAAAUGCCUAAGAGCUCGAGAGGCUAAUGCAGUGUUUUCAGAGAUGGGGCAUAGGAAUGAGGUCUCGUGGUGCUCGUUGCUCUUUGCUUAUUCAAAUGCCGGUCUUCUUGAAGAAUCGCGUAGUGUUUUUCAUGAUAUGCCGCUAAAAGUGGUCAUAGCGUGGAAUACUAUCAUUGCUGGUUAUGCAAAGUGGGGAGAACUACAAUGGUGUUUGAGUUUUUUCAAGAUGAUGUUAGAGGAAUCUUUCAGGCCUGAUCAGUGGACUUUGAGUGCAGUUUUGAAUGCUUGUGCUGAAACAAGUGAGCCGUGUUAUGGUCAUAUGCUACACGGAUUUAUCAUAAAAAGUGGAUGGAGUUCUGCAGUGGAGGUUAACAAUUCGGCUCUUAGUUUCUAUACCAACUUCGGUGAAAAACAUGAGGUUCUUGAAGUAGUCCAGGCUGUUGGGAUGUGUACUGAUGUUUCGUGGAAUGCAAUUAUCGAUGCUUAUAUGAAGAUAGGUGAUCUUCAAGAAGCUCAUCUUGUGUUUCAGCGUAUGCCUGAAAAGAAUCUUAUCUCAUGGACAUCAAUGAUCACUGGAUACAUGAGAAACGGGCGUGGAGAGUGUGCUUUAACCUAUUUUAUUGAUAUGAUGAGGAAUCGAAUUAGGCCAGAUGAUAUUGCGGUAGGAGCUACUCUACAUGCUUGCUCGAACUUGGCAACGCUAGGCCAUGGUAGAAUGGUCCAUGGCUGUGUAAUUCGAUAUGGUUUUCAUGCUCACGCCUACGUUGGCAAUGGCCUUGUGAACAUGUACGGAAAAUGUGGGGACAUUUGCAGCUCGUACAGAGCUUUUGCAGAUAUUUCUGAAAAGGAUUUGAUCUCCUGGAACACGAUGUUAUUUGCAUUUGGAUUGCACGGGCAUUCUAGCGAAGCUCUAGGCAUUCUUGAAGAAAUGGUGGCUUCUGGGAUGAAGCCAGACAAUGUGACCUUCAUAGGUUUAUUGAUGACUUGUAACCACUUGGGUUUGAUCAACGAUGGCCUCUUCCUUUUCGAGUCAAUGACUUCGCGCUAUGGCAUUUCUCCUGAAAUCGAGCAUGUGGCUUGUGUGGUGGAUAUGUUAGGAAGAGCCGGACAGUUGGAGAGAGCAAAAGAAAUAGCAGAUAAAUAUGCAGAGUCGAAAAAUGUGAGUGUUGGCUCAUUGGAGGCUCUUUUUGGGUCAUACUCGUCGCAGGGUUGUGUUAAGAUGGGUGCGGAAAUAGCAGAACAGCUGCAGCUGGUGAAGCCCGGUGAUGAGAUGAGCUAUGUGGUGCUGUCGAAUAUGUAUUCAGCUAGCGGGCAGUGGAGACGAGCGGAGACUUUGAGGAAGGCAAUGGCUGACCGCGGCAUUAAGAAAAUGCCCGGCUGCAGCUGGGUCGAAGUGAGGAAUCAGGUUGCGGCAUUCGUUGCUGGGAGCAACUCUUGCUUGUGCAAGGAAGAUGUGCAUAUGAUGCUAUCUGUUCUUGGAUUUGAAAUGAGAUUCCCCAUAUCUUUUCCUUCUAUCUGGGAUGGGAUCACAUAGCCUUUCUUGCCACAAAAAGACUCUUGAAAUUCAGCUUUCUUUACCCUUUCAGAAAAUCAGCAGACUU